UUGAUAAUCGGAGGCCCGGCUAGCGGGUACCCCUCUCGCCCUUGUGUCCCGCCGUCACAGUCUAAACCAGCACGGAAAUUGAUUUUUCCAAGCCCCCCGGGCCCCGAAAUAACCCGAACUCGGUCUUCUGCUGUGCGAGUGUAGCCGGGCAAUUCCCGGGUGGAAAUGCCGGCAAGCCGAUCCAAAAGUCUUCCGCAUUUUUAAAACCAGCACCGCGCGGCUACUGCAUCUUCGGUAUCCAAUCCGUGCACUACGACGUGGUGCAUAAACUUAGAUAACGCACCGCGGCGUGACCCGAUAACGUUCCCGUAGUGGCUGCCAGAGGCAAUCGGUCGCGAACGGACAGGAGGACGCCGGGCAGUAGUAUGCUGCUAACGUUCCAGGAUCGUUUGCGCAUUCCGUGGCGCGGAGGUGCGAAGCAGAUCACCCUCGACAAUGUCCUGCCGAUCGUGAUCCUGCUCAGUCUGCAGCUGCUGGCGGCCAUCAACUUUUACUGCUGUCUGUUCGUAUUCGCGCUGAUGCCACUGUUGCUGCUGUACUUGAAGCGUUUUCUGGGAAAAGUGUUACCCAAAACCAAGUUUUUCACUCUAUGGCUGUUCUGGAGUGGCCUUUAUUUGAUCACACUGUUCGAGCUGAUGGUGCCGCUGCUGGAGAUACUGCCACAGGAGAACGUGGCCUUUGUCAUGCUAAUGAGCCUAUCGUUCCUGUGUCUCUUCAAAGCGAAACGACGGGCCGUGCUUGGACAGGUGGCCUCGGGUUUUAAGGAUGGAGCUAAUGAGCGUGAUAUUGCUGGGGCGGUCGACAGCUGCAAAAACGGAAGCGAUUCCCAGACGGCCGUCCUUAUUUCGGACCGCGAUGACUCCGAUGAUGGAGGUUCCGUUGGAUCUCAUGGUACCGAAGGUAACCGUUUGGCGUGCCAGCUGUGUCGCAAGUACGUUCCACCGCGGACCUACCACUGUAAGGUUUGCUCCAGCUGCAUUCUGAAGCAGGAUCAUCAUAAUGUUUGGCUUAACUGUUGCAUCGGCAAGGCCAACCAUCGGCUGUACGUGGCGGGUUGUCUGUUCACGCUGCUUACUCUAUUGUUGUUCGCCAACCUGGCUUUAACCGCCGUCUGCCACCCGGUGCCUAUCUUUACCGUGUACGGUGUGAUCGUGAUGAUGCCCGACGAUUGCACCGACAUUUUCUUCCAGUAUGAUAUUGCUCUGUGUUUCACUGGAUCGAUCUAUGCGCUGCUGAUGGCACUAUUCAUCGCCAUAUCACUGUUGAAGCAGCUCUGUUUCAUCUCUUGCGGUAUUACCUACACGGAGUGGCGCCGUGGGGAACACGUAAAGCGACGGAAUUGUUUGUGGAAUUGGAAAACGUUUUGCCUUGGUCAGUAGGUUGGCAAGUGCACGCCGUCCCGAGUUGCACAAACCCGAUCCCCGAUUGUGCCGGACAUGAGAGCUUAACUCGAGAGCCUGUCUGUUGUGGUAGUGAUUCGAACGAUAAAACCGUUUCUCCACUCUUAUCAAUACUCUUAACUUUUAAUCAUAGUCCAAGUAUCAUGCAUGAGCCACACGUAUCGUGUAGCUCGGCAACGAGUAGAACAGGGUUUAAGCUAGCGUUAAGUCCGCCCAGCUUUACGGAGUGUGAGAACAAAUAGUUGUUUUAAAACGUUUCGGAGUUUUGUUUCGUGGCACUACUUUUAUCGUAUUCGAAUGGCCGUAGGAAAGGGGUACCGACCCGCGUCUUAACUUUUUCAUUAAAGUACUAGCGUUUCGCGGGUUCCGGGUAGAAUAUGGAAACCACGGUUUCCGGUAGUAGUUCUCUUUUUCCAUGAGACGUUUUCUUAACCGAAACCGGCGCCUUAGCUUAGAAAUUAAAAGAUAUUCCAAAGAAUUCCCCAACAGUGCUGGGAUGGGGGACUGGUGGGUACCCGUAGGAUCCGUUAUUGAAGAGUAAAACGGUGUAAAUCGCACAAUAAACUUUUCCAAUUCUUAACUUAUCUUCAACCGUAA